AUGUUUCUCUCCCAUCAGCAGCAGCCCCGCGCGGAGAGAGAGCGCCUUGCCGCACACAGUCGUCCAUCGUCGUCGGGUCGCAGCGCGUGUACACCGGACAUUGAGAUACAUCGGACUCGUCGCCGCAGCAAAUAAGCAUCAAUCGACAACGGCUGUUUGACGCGUCGACUUUUAACGGAUCAUUUGACUUGGUUCUAAGAACGAGCCGCGAAAAUAGAGAAAAUGCCGGGUUUCAGCAGCGUGGGUACCUUCAAGAUCUUCAUCGGCAACUUGGCCGACAAGACGACCAACGCCGACAUCAAGCCGCUCUUUGAGAAGUACGGCAAAGUCUUCGAAUGCGAUGUCGUCAAGAACUAUGGCUUUGUGCAUAUGGAGAAUGAGGAAUCUGGCAGAAACGCCAUCCAGAACUUGAACGGCCAGCUGGUUCAUGGCCAACCCAUCAAGUGUGAGGCUGCCAAGAGCCGCAAGGGUCCCAACACUCCAACAACCAAGAUCUUUGUUGGAAACCUGACCGAUAACACCAAGGCUCCCCAGGUUCGCGAGCUCUUCGCCAAGUACGGCACCGUUGUAGAGUGCGACAUCGUGCGCAACUACGGCUUCGUCCACCUUGAGGCCACCGGCGACGUCAAUGACGCCAUCAAGGAGCUUAACGGUCAGAUCGUCGAUGGUCAGCCCAUGAAGGUGCAGAUCUCGACCAGCCGCGUGCGGCAGAGGCCUGGUAUGGGCGAUCCCGAACAGUGCUACAGGUGCGGCCGUGGUGGUCACUGGUCCAAGGAGUGCCCCAAGGGAGGUAUGGGCGGUGGACCAGACAGGAAUGGAUUCAGAGACAGGAUGUUCGGACGCGACCCCUACCCACCACCACCACCACCACCCUUCCUGCGUGACAGGCUUAUGGGUGGAGCGCGCUUUGGCAGCUACCCGCCUUUCCAAGACUACGACAGCUACUAUGAUCGCCGAGGCUUUGAUGAUACCAGGGACUUGUAUGAGAGGAGGUUCACAGGAAUGACCGGAAUGUCGGGUAAUGACGGCUCUCAGAUUCCCGCAGGUAUGGGCUCGAUGCGUGACACUGGAUUUUCUCGCGGCCAGGACUACGGCAUGUUCAGCCGCCGAUCGCCACCACCAGCCGGUAACAACGGCAGAUUCAGUAGAGGCAUGUACGAGGACUUCAGCCGAGACUCAUUUGAAGAGCGUAGACCGGGAAUCCGAGGGCCAUCGCCGUCGCGCCGGUUCGCACCAUACUAAAGCGCCGCCGUCUACGUCGUCGUCGCCGCCAUCCGCCGCCUACGCCGUCGUCGCCGCCGUCGCGCGAGCGCCUCCUCCGCCGGCCGGGAUAAUCUCGGAUCGGGUGUGUCUGUGUGUCGCGGGUCUGUGAGAGAUGAUGAUGCCGCCGUCGUCCACGCCGUCGUCGGUGACCUUAACAAUACUGAGCCGGGGUACGAAGCGUUGCGUUCAAGCAAUGCCACGCACACAACACACACGUCGCUGAUUAUAAGAGCAGGAAGCCUCGGGAUCGACAGUUAUCAAUCAAUUAAGAUUCAAGGUGUGUGUGCGGUAAAUAGAAAAGAACAUUUUGGCCGGCGCUGACGCUGUCGACGUCGUCUUCGUCCUGUUGUCUCUGUUGUUGUUCUUACACGAUAUCUAAACUGAAACAACCAAAACACAACACUCACAACACACAUAUACGCUCUUCACAUGCUCUAUCACACUGUCGAAUUAGGUACGCGCGAAGGUCUGCCGCUAUCACUGCGAUAUCAAGAUACAGGCAAUUUGUUUUAUAUAUACGAGUAUUAUUCUGUCCACGUAUAUUAUGUGUUUAAUAUACAUUAAUCUGUGUAACGUGUAAAAUCUAAACAAAGAACGAGUCUUUACAGAGCUGUUACUGGUACAAGUACAGCCUUCUAGUAACUAGUGAGAUAAGCGUUAACGCAGUGAGAUGGUGCGGGGAGAUCUUGCUUAACAUUAAAAAUCAGUUUCAUUUAUUCUUUAUAUCCUAGUAUAUAGUGUAUACAUAUAGCAUUGCGAUCAGCUCGCGCGCGCACGCAUGAGAAAAUUUGCCGAACGAUCGGCGGCGGUUGUAAAAAUGAAUAUCAAUAUACAAUGUAUAAAUUUUAUUUUAUACCAAGGCAUAGUAAUUUCUCGUGUAUAAUUUAGGUUAGAUAAGACAAACAAAUUACUAUGUGAGUGUGAAUUUUUUUAUGCGUGAUCUAUAUAAACUUUUGUAAAUCAACUUUUUUUCAAGCGUUUAGCAUGUAGUGAUGAUUUUUAAUGUUGCACUCUCUCCCCAAGCGCGGAUGCAGAAAAACUCGACAGGCCCUCGCCCUGACGAUCGACAGUUAUUAACAUUUAAGUAUGAUUAUCUGUAGACUUUUGACCAAUGAAGACAGAACUAAUAAAUCUAAAAACAGAAGAAAAAAAUGAAAGACAAGAAUUAGAUUUGAUUUAUAUGAAAAGUGAUAUGAAAGUAUAAUUGAUUAUUGAAAGAAACAAAAAUUAAUCGUCUUCGUUACUCCUCGUGGCAAAUGAACGAUUUUUAUCGGUCGGACCUUGUGAAACUUAGGCUCGGAUGAAGCCUUCGUACGUAAUCCCUCGCUUUACGUCACUUAUCGUUGUUUUUAAGUACGCUUGUGUAGACAUGCAAUCAGCUAUAAUUUUUUAUAUAAAGAAAACGCGCAUUUUCGACGCGCCUUCAGCUACAAAUAGCGAUUGCAGCCUCUUCGAGUCCGCGACUACUACUGUAGUUUGCCAUUACAUCGGUAUUUUUCAUUGUUCAUAGGCGAAUUGCAAUCGCAUUCGUAAAAGAAUACGCGUCGAGGUUUAACAGGAGUUGAGUAAGAUGCUGUCACGAUGAUUUACAGUAUCGUAGAUUCGCGUAUACAUGCAUUACAUUUAACAUAAAAGUUGACACAUUUUGACACAAUCAAAAAACACACACACACACACAUACAUAUAAACAUGAUACACGGAAUCUUAUAAUUAUUAAGUGUCAAGUGAUUAUCGUUAAAUUGCACCAAUUUAAUAAGACAAUCGACGAAUUUAUUCUCUGCGUUUCGAGAGGCAGCGAUGCCUCGCCCUUUCAGUAACGUUUAUUAUACGGAUUAUAUACUAUCUCGAUGCACGUAUUGUAAUACUUUAGCGGGUACAUCAACUUGUGUAAAAUUAAUUGCUAAUUUGACUAACGGCAGAUUUUUCGGCGAUAUCGCUCGCGAGGACUGAUUUCACGGCUUGCGACAAUUUUGCAAUUACUUUUCUCAGUUUGAAAUUCAACAAGAACAGAAUGUCCACCAAUACGAAAUAAUUGUCAAUAGGGUUGUAAUUCGGGAAAAUUCAAGAUCGCAGGCGGCUGCAUCGGAGAAAUCUGUCGUUACUUUUAUUGUCAGUUUCGAUUGUUCUGCGGUUCGCUUUCGUGUAUAUUGUUCCAACGACAUGUGUUUUGCCCGAGGAGUAAAAGUUAGCGUGAGCGAGAGAGAAGUAAAAAAACGAAUAUACUAUCACAGUGUAUUGUGGUCCGAGUAUCUCUAUCUGUACGAGAACAAUUAAAUAAUUGAAGGUAAACAAAUAAGUGACACAAAAAUAAAAUUAAAAUUAGCUUGUAGUCGAUAACGAAAUCUAUCUCUACUAUAUGCAACAAAAAAAUUGUCGGCUCGUUUUUAAUAUUUUGUGCAAAAAAUCAAGGAAUGAUAUAUAAGAGUAAAAUGAAAAAAAUAUAGAAGUAAAGCGAGAGAGAGAGAGAGAGAAAGAGAAAGAAGUAAUGAUUAACGAUAUAGUACACGCGGCGCAAGUUUUGCAUCGAGUUUUUCUCUUAAAAUAAAAAUUCCGCUAGAGUGAAAGCUAAGUAACGAGAGCAAGAGAAAACAAAACUUUUUUUGUAAGAUUCGUGUUUUUUCACUAUAUAUAUAUAUACACAAUAAAUAUAUAUUACGAUGCGAUAGUAAUAUUUCCCCCCCAUUUACCGCCCCCAAAUGAAUAAGCCAAUAAAGAAAUCUGUGUAAUACAACAAAUGUAAUACUUGUGGAAAUUCAGAACAAUGAACGAAACGUGAUUUGUUU